AGAGCUCCUCCGCGGCAGCUGUGGAUGCAGUGAGAGCAGCUCGCCGGGUCCGAUCGGAGGUCCGAGGACAGCAGAGGAGCGCAAGAAAAAAACGGAGGAGCGCUUGUUCGUCUCCCCGCUCCGUCGCGCAGAGGAGGAAAGAUUCCCCCAAACGCAGUGAGAGUGUCGAAUGAGGAGAAGAGGAGAGCGGAGGGCAUCGGAUAGGCAACAACAAGGAUGGCAGCUCCGGACCUAUUGGACCCUAAAUCCGCCACUCACAACAGUAAGCCCCGCCUCUCCUUCUCCACCAAGCCAAUCACAAUGUCUCCCCGCCAGGAGAGUGAGGUGGUUGCCACAGUGAUGAAAUGGAAGACGGUGACAGCAAUCUUUCUUUUGGUGGUUCUGUACCUGGUGGUGGGAGCAGCAGUGUUCAGAUCCCUGGAGCAGCCUCACGAGAGUGCCCAGCGACUGGCCAUCCUGUCCCAGAAGCUGGAGUUCCUGUCCAGACACUCCUGUGUCAACCAGAGCCAGCUGGAGGAGCUGGUUAAGCAAGUUGUGUCUGCUAUCCGUUCAGGCGUGAACCCUGCAGGGACACUGACCAACCACAGCAGCCUUUGGGACCUGAGCUCCGCCUUUUUCUUUGCUGGGACUGUCAUCACAACCAUCGGUUUUGGGAACAUCUCUCCCCACACAGAAGGUGGAAGGAUCUUCUGCAUCAUCUAUGCGCUGCUGGGGAUUCCCCUGUUUGGCUUUCUUUUGGCUGGAGUAGGAGAUCAGCUCGGCACCAUAUUUGGGAAGGGCAUCGCCAGAGUGGAGAAAAUGUUUGUGCAUUGGGACAUCAGUCAGACGAAGAUCCGGGUCAUCUCCACUCUGCUGUUUGUGCUGUUUGGCUGCCUGCUGUUUGUGGCGCUCCCAGCGGCCAUCUUUAAACACAUCGAGGGUUGGUCUGCGCUGGAGUCGCUCUACUUCGUGGUCAUCACCUUGACUACCAUAGGGUUUGGAGACUUUGUGGCAGGUGGUUCAGAAAUAGAGUACUUAGAUUACUACAAACCAGUUGUAUGGUUCUGGAUCCUGGUGGGACUGGCCUACUUUGCCGCCAUCCUCAGCAUGAUAGGAGACUGGCUCCGAGUUAUCUCCAGGAGGACGAAAGAAGAGGUAGUAGAGAUCCGGGCUCACGCCGCGGAGUGGACGGCCAACGUCUCCGCAGAGUUCAAAGAAACCCGUCGCCGCGUGAGCGUCGAGGUCUACGACAAGUUCCAGCGGGCCACGUCAAUAAAGCGCAAACUGUCCUCUGAACUAGGAUUCAGCCCCGGGCCCGAGCUCACGCUACCCAGGAGGGCCGCGUCGGCCAACUUCAACGAGGAAGUGGACAGGAGCGGGAGGGAGGCCGGGCCGCAGGGCCCGGUGACGCCGCUGGCCAGAAACGGCGGUUUGUUCAUGAACGGUUACGAACCCGAGAGGGGAGACGUCUCAGUCAUUGAACGCCUCAAGUAGGGAGAUGACGGUCAAGCUCUCUGUGGGCAGUGACCCCCUGACCCCUCUGCAGGGAUGUAAGAUCUGCUCAAAAAAACCUGUUUGGUGGAACUUUGGCAGCGGAGCACUUUCCAUCCCGCCGGUGGAACGAAGAGCAAAAAGAAAACGCACAGAACGUGAGGUAAUUUUGAUACAUGUGUUGAGUGUCGUUAAGUUAAAUAUCACUUAAAUCUUGGACCACGGUGAAGUUGACAUUGACCCUUUCCUGAAGGAUAAAUAGACGUCUCCAGCAUACUGUAACAUACUAUCGCUGCAUUAGGUGACCUAAUAUGUCCAUGGGGCCUCUCUGUGUAAGCAGCACUCCAAUAUGUUAAAGUGUAACAACUUAGGAUACAAUUUAGCACAAAGCUUUACAACUCAGAAGGAUACUCGCUACCACAGCCGGCUGUUAGCUGAAACAAUACAAGACACGUCAGAGAUGAUUCUUAUACGUGAGAUGUGAUGAUAUUCUAAUUGUUUAAGUUACACAAGACAAACUUCAAAGAUUGUGUGUGACUGUGAGAGGCGUAUUUUGUGCUAAAUGAUGGCUUAAAAAAUAACGACGGUGCAGAGAAGAGAGAAUCUCUAGAUAGAGAUCUCACAUAUAUAUUUGUUUAGGUCUGAGUGAAUGUCAGUGCCGAACCAAUCAGAAACUAAAAAGUACGAGCAAUUUCAAAUAUUUCUACAUGUAAGUUCAGUAUGAACCAUGACUUUAUAAUGUUGACUCAACAAUAUAGUUUUGACAGAAGACGUCAUUGGAUGUUACUUGCUGCCGACUCUUCUUAGUGAAGAGGAGGAAAGGACGAGAGAUUUAAAGUGAUCUAAAGUGUGUCUGUGGUUGUGGACGUAGCUUUACAAUAAAUGACGACACUGAAUAGCUAUUUGAAGAGAUUUUCCAAACCAUCCCUGUGCCUUAAACUCUUUACUGGCUGAGCACAACACACUUUGAGGGGUAACACAUGUAACAAAGUGGUUAUUUACUGUUGGUGUUUAUCCAGUCCAACCAACCUGAACCAGUUGCUCAGACCCCCCAUGGUUCACGCUGGUUCGCUGUCACGGCUCACUUAGGAAGAGAGGCAUCGCUGAGAGCUCUUCUUGCCAUGACCGGUCUACAUGGCUGCAAAGUGCCUGAGCUUUAUAGGCCAGAAGCAUUUAUACGAGCGAGAGAGACAAAUGCUUUUUUUUCUGUUUAAAUUCAGCUCUCUUUCUUAGAAAGAGUUGAGCCUCUGAUCGGUCUCGCUGUUCCAGCAAAAGUUUCAGUUUACUCUCUGCUGACCAACCGUAAACUGCUACAAAACAACACAGUGAAUUCCUGCUCCGAGUGGUGCUGCCAAAUGUGUGGUUAUAGAAUACAACGGCUUUUGCAAAAAAACUCUUGAAUUACAAAGGAUUGAUCUGUAUUUGUCAAAGUUCUAGCUGUCGUUCCUCUGCUGUCCUUGAGAACAUUGUACUUAUAUUAUAUUCAACUUACUGUCAACAUGUUUAAGAGCAAAUAAUGUGUGUGUGCAGUUUUGAAGGUUGAUGCACAGAUACGGAUUUGCACUUUGACAGGUUCAAUUGUGACUCUAUAAGAAUCAAUUCACUUUUAAUGCCCAGCUCAUUCACACACGCACACACGUGAUGGGUGUCCUUCAUGUGUGUGCGCCUGCCGUUGAAAAUGCACUUUGAUUUAACUGCCUUUGAACGUAACAACAUGUUAUCCAGUCCAUCCAAUGAGGAGGCUUUGUUUAGUUGUUAUGUGGCAUCGACAACAACUACACGGUUUAACACACAAACUUUUCUCACUACUGUGACGAUUUAACCCUCGGAUCCUCAGCCACAUAGACAAGGAGCAUGAAACCAUUUUAUAUCUGACAGCUUGAUUCCGUUGAUAAUUUGACAAAACGAUUAACAGGUUGAUCGAUUGAAUGUAAUGCAACAAGUCUGCUGUCCAGCUUGUAGUUUUAUUUGGCAGCAGUAAGCCUCUGAGAAGAGCAGGUCAAAUCCUAACGAAUGAGAAAACUUCAAAAAGAAUCCAGCACAAAAUGAUUGGAUCUUUCCAGUUUGUAUUCUUUAGAAAUGUGUUUUUAAACUUAACCAUAAGUCCUAAAGAGCCCACUAGUCAUCCUAGUUGAACUGACAGAAGGGGCGAGCGAGCAGCAGGAAAGUCCUGUACACGUUUUGAUUUUAACUAAAGCGGACGACGAUUCAGUACUACUACUACUAAUAAUAAUAAUAGUAACAGUAGUGGAGAUGCACUGUGUUGUAGCUGGCUGGUCUGCCUGUGCCUUCUUCUAGCAAACAAAUGUUAUAAAAUAAUCUCCGCUCUGCUUAACUGAGGUAUUACAUUUUCUGCCUAUGUACUAGAUAUUGUUGGUUAAUACUUUUUAAAAUGGCGAAAACUGUAUUUUUCCAAACAGUAUGUUUUCUUUUGUGUUUCUGUAGUGAUUCGAUGCAAGUCUGGGGAAACACAUUUUAAUAACAAUGUCUGUACAGCUGAUCUAAACACAAUGUACAAAACGAUUUUUAGUAAGAUCAUUGACUUGAAAAUACAACAGAUUUGAAUAAUU